AUGUCCAUGGCGGUGGACGUGGCCUCUGAGGACAUGAGGAGCCAUCUCAGGCAGGGCGCAGAGCUCUCCAUCAAGCAGCAGCGCCAGCAGCAGAACAAGAGGCAGGACCCGGCCGCCAGCACCACGGCUGGAAGCCACGGCCUUUCAUCAAGCCCUGCCAGGCAAGCUGCUGAGAAGUCGGCCUCGCAGGAGCCCAAGGCAGGGAAACAAAGAGUUAAACGAUAUCCUGAUGGGCUGGUGAGCUCAUCAGAGCUGGGAUAUGCUCAUUACACUCAACAGAGCCCGACAGACAAUAUCCGGAGGGAUGCGGAGCUGGAAGUCUCCUCCUCUGACCCUGUCACCAUGGAAAAUCCCCCCAAGAGCCCUGAUGGGAGCGAGAAGUCCCCUCAGUCCAAGGAGCUGCUGACCAGCAACACGGCCAGCACCCUCUGCAUCAGCUCCCGGAGCGAGUCCGUCUGGACCAGCGCGUCCCGGAGCAAGUGGGAAAUAUACCACAAGCCCGUCAUUGUCGUGUCUGUCGGAGCAGCCGUCUUCCUCUUCGGGACGGUCAUCACCAGCCUGUCUUGCAUCCAAAUCAAGAACAAAAACGUUUACAAAAUGUGUGGCCCGGCUUUUCUGUCCAUGGGACUGAUGCUCCUUGUUUGUGGCCUAGUCUGGAUCCCCAUCAUCCGGAAGAAGCAGAAGCAGAGACAGAAGUCACAGUUUCUGCAGAGCCUCAAGUCCUUCUUCUUCAACCGCUGA